AGAGAGGUACCAGCACACGUAACAAUACGCGUUUUCGGCGAGAGAAACAUUGAAGCCGUUCGUUCUUCCGAGUCGAGUCGAGUCGAUUCAAUUCUGUUCAAUUCGAUCAUCGCGAAUCUUCUCUUUUCUUCUCGAGAUUACUCUCUGGUAAGGUCUUUCAUUACCUGUGAGCAGACAAGGAGAGGCAGCCGAAAAUAUAACGUCGAACUCUUCUAGGGUUUUAAUUGAUUGUGAUCUACUUCUUUACUUUAUUGCGAUUCUUUCUCGAUUGAUCUCUGAAUAUUUUCUGCUGAAUUUUUCGAUCUGUACGUUGUUUCUUGAUUCACCGAUUUAGUUUGUGAUAUCUGAGAUUUCUGGGGUUUGACUUUGGAAUAUCAAGAAGGUGAAAGGAACUUAAAAGAAAGUUGUUGAGUCCAUUAUUUCUGUUAUCUUUUUGGGGGUUUAGGGUUUGGAGAUCUGUUUUCUUUGGUUCUUGUUUUUGUUUUUCUUUUUAGUUUUUUUUUGUUUUUGAUUGUGAAGAGUUGUGGUUGUUAAACAAAUGGCGGCAGGGCGAGUUGAUGUUUUGAGAAGAAGUGAUUUCUAUGGCCACCCUAAAAAAGAAUACAAUCAUCUUACGAACGGUGCUCGUGGUUUGAAGUCAAGCCGGGGGCAAAGUAACGGUAGAAAGCAUGUAUUCAAUACAUCCCCACCUGAGCAUAACUUGGGUGUCAAAGAAAGGGAUGGGUACCGAGUUUCCCCUAACGAACUCAAUAUCAGUUACCAACGAGGUGAAACACAAACGGAGAGAGAGGUUCAAUUGCCUCCUCAAAAGAAAAGGAAGUUUUCCCCAAUUAUAUGGGACUUGGAAGACAAAGGAGUCAGAAUCUCUUCUAGGAACAUGCUUGUAUCUUCAAGUGCCACUUUGUCCCCACCAAGACCGGAUGGUGGUAUGGUGGACAUUGUCUCAGACGAGGGUCGUCUCGAAUGUCCAGUCUUAGAGAAUCAGGUGCUUCAAUCAGUUAAGCCUCACGACCCUGAGUCGUUGGCACUUGUGUUAUCUCCAUUGCAUCAGGAGCAGAAUGCGGUUGAUAAAUUUGAAGAUCAGAUGGAGGAAGAAGAGCUAGUUCAGGUACCUAAUAUUGUGACAUCAAGGUGGGCAUCGGAGAUUGAUUCUCCAAAAGAAAUAUCUUCAUCUGAUAGUAAACAGGGCAGGGGGAGUUCCACUCCUGAGAGUGGGGAGUUUUUGAGGGAGGACUCUGAAGGACAUAGGGCCAGAUCAUCUGGAUCUUAUCAAAGGGAUUCAUCUGCAGGAGAUGAAUACUCAGAGUUUGAGAGUGGAAAUCUUAUAGAUACCGAUGAUAAACAGGGGGAGAGUACUUAUGUUGACGAGUCAGACUCAAAUGCAGAAGAAGCUACUGCUCUUAGUCAGGGAGAUAGAAAUUUGUGGCAUGGUAGUAGAAGUGUAUUUGAAUAUGAGAAGUUGAAUAAAAUAAAUGAAGGCACUUAUGGAAUUGUGUAUAGAGCCAGGGAUAAGAAGACCGGAGAAAUUGUGGCCCUGAAAAAGGUGAAAAUGAAUAUUGGAAAGGAAAUGGAAUAUGAGUUUCCAUUGACUUCUUUGAGGGAAAUUAACAUUCUUAUGUCCUUUAAUCAUCCUGUGGUUGUGAAUGUUAAAGAAGUGGUGGUGGAUGACUCUGAUAUUGUUUUUAUGGUCAUGGAGCAUGUGGAACAUGAUAUUAAGGGGAUAAUGGAGACAAUGAAGCAGCCUUUCAGUACUAGUGAAGUCAAAUGCCUAAUGCUACAAUUAUUGGAGGGUGUAAAAUAUCUUCAUGAUAAUUGGAUCAUUCACAGGGAUCUGAAACCAUCAAAUCUUCUUUUUAACAACAAGGGCGAGUUGAAAAUAUGCGAUUUUGGCAUGUCACGUCAGUAUGGGAGUCCACUCAAGCCUUAUACACAGUUGGUGGUUACACAGUGGUAUAGGGCACCUGAACUACUACUAGGAGCAAAACAGUAUUCAACAGCGAUUGACAUGUGGUCAGUUGGUUGUAUAAUGGCUGAAUUAUUAUAUAAACAACCGUUGUUCCAAGGAAAAGGAGGAAGUGAAAUUGAUCAGCUUCAUAAGGUUUUUGCAAUUCUUGGCACACCAAAUGAAAUGAUUUGGCCUGGGUUAUCAAGAUUACCAGGAAUCAAAGCUAAUUUUGUUAAGCAACCGUACAAUAUGUUGCGCAAGAAGUUCCCUCUCACUUCUUUCACUGGCUCUCCAGUUCUAUCUGAUUUGGGAUUGGAUUUGUUAAACAAACUUCUUACUUAUGACCCUGAGAAGCGAAUAACAGCAGAUGCUGCUCUUGAUCAUGAUUGGUUCCGUGAGGUUCCUCUUCCGAAAGCCAAAGAGUUCAUGCCUACAUUUCCACCAAGGCAUGCCGGAAAAAGGUAGAAGAGUAGCUAGAAGCCUUGAACAGCUCAGGGAAGUCAUCAGCGUUUUUUCUCACUUUGCACCAUAGCGCUCUGACAUUUUGUUUCGUAACUACCUUUAUGAGAAAGUCUUGGCAGCUCGUGGAAGUCACCAACAUUUUUUCACAUUGCUAUUAUUGCUUGUUGGCAUAUUGUUUUCUAAUGUUUAGAAUGAUUUUUAAAAAGGGGAAGGGAUUACGAGAUAUUAUGCUGUCUUGGCAGGCACAUAGAUGAUGUGCUUGUUGCAUGGAGAUCAAAUUCCAGGAUCUAUUAAGCCUGCUAUGGUGGACCAUAAAUGCUUAUGGUCCUUUAAGCUGCAAGGUGUGGGGUCUUCUCUUUGAUAUCUUCUUUUGUCCAAUAUUUGUUGGUUUCAGUUGUAACUUCUGUAAAUAUUCUCAGUAACGGAAAAAGGAGAUGCUCGACUUUUACAACUUUACCUAUUUAUUCAUUUAUAUCAAUGAACUCUAUUCACUCUAUUUCUUUAAA